UGUCAGGAUGUUAUGCAUGUUAAAGAAAACAAACUUCUGCUCAGUGGGCUCCCCAAGUACUAUGGCUUGAAGCAGGUACCUCUACAGUACACUUUAGUCGGUUAUGAUGAAGAUUGGCUGGUAAUAGGAACUGAAGUCGGUGUUUUGAUAUGUUACAAUGACAAAAGUAAUGUCAGCUUUAGAAUUCCUCCACAGGGAUACAGCAAGAUAGAAUGUUUAGAACUGAAGGAGAGAGUGCUAGUUUGGGGAACAGAGUCUGGCUAUGUUGGUAUCAAGGAGAUACAAUCAGGGUCUGAUACGGAACUUAAACAGAUGAUCAGCAAAGUACAUGAUACGAAUGUGAAAUUUGCAAGUUACCACGAUAAUAAAGUUGCAAGUGUAGAUAAGGAUGGAAAGAUAACCAUAUCAGAAGUCGACUGGGCCAGGGGUAUUUUCAGUUCUAGCAGAGUUAUUCACUGCGAGCCAAACAAGAUUCUCAGUCUAUUCUUUAUAUCUGCAGAACUCAUAUUGCUAACAACAGUAAUCAAGACAAGUCUAUUAAAGAUGGAGAACGAAACCUGUUCUGUAACAUCCGUCGGAUCUAAAGAUCGGAAAAAUGGAGAGUUUGGCGCCUGUGUACUAGACAUCUACACAGUCCUCGUUGCGCGCCCAGGACUGCGCCUAUGGUACGCAAACACCGGCGGAGACGUUCUUAAAACUAUCCAACUGCGCAAAAUAUUAAACGAGUGCCCUCUGGAAUGCUGCUGUGAAGAUUCAGCCCAGGAUACCAAACUCGCUUCCCUUCUCCCAAAAUCCGGAAUCAUAAACCGCGUGGAACGAAUAGAUGAAAAGCUGGUAAUAAUCCAACUCAAGCACCUGUUUGUCUUCGUGGAGACAGUCGAUCUAACUGUAGUGGGGUGGCUGAAAGAAUCUGUUUUGGACUGGUACACAAGUCACAGGGCUCUCGUGCUCCUUUAUAAAGACAAUAUCAUUAAAAGAUAUAUUGUUACACAAAAUAUUACCUCAACGAAUAGUGAAUUUGGUUCAAUAUCAGAAAAUGUUGAGAAUGAUAGAGCUGGGGGUAAUAUAGCCCAUAAUGAACAGACUCAGAGCGUUACAAUCAUAUCAGAAAACGGGAAUAUAAAAUCAGAGAACGGUCAGUUAGCCGCCGAUAAAACUCAAGAAAUAGAUCCUCAUAAACCAAAUGAAAUCAUAACGCAAAUCCCAAAGUACCAGCCGGUUCCAAAAGAAAAACUCGAAGAAAUCACCAAUUUUGUAAAAUCUAUCUGUGAACGGGAUGAGAACUCUGAAAUUAUCCCCCUUCAGAAAGUUCCCGACCUUGAUAUCGUGUCGAGUGUUGGCCAUUCUGUAUCAUGCGAAGUCACUAAACUAUCAGAUGACGCUAAAUAUCCUUUUAUUGACUCCCUUGAACUUUCAAGUGAUGUCAUCAAGCCACCGUGUGACGUCAUAAAGCCACCUUGUGAUGUCAUCAAGCCACCUUGUGACGUCAUCAAGCCACCGUGUGACGUCAUCAAACCCUCUUGUGACGUCAUCAAGCCACCGUGUGAUCUAACAGAAGUAAAGGUGACAAUAGAAAAAACUAACAACGAAGAUGAGAACAAUUUAAAUUUUGAUCUGUCCGGUAGAUCAACAGAAGAGCACACAGAGCACACAGAUCACACAGAAGAGCACACAGAGCACACAGAAGAGCACACAGAUCACAAAGAAGAGCACACAGAUCCGUCUUAUUUUUGUGACCACACUCUGAUUCCAAAUGAUGAUACUCUUACCUCUUGUGACAACACCAUCACCCCACAAGACCGUGUUACAAACUCUCACGAUGUCACGUGUGAAUCGAGUGACGUCACGCCGACUACUCAGGAACCAAGUAUCAUAGUGACCUCUGGUGGAUCUGACAACAUGGAGUCUUCUGUAGAUUUGGAAAUGUCAGUGACUGACAGUGUUACUUCAACAAGUCCGGAGAGGAGUGUAAUGGAAGAGCUAAAGACUAAUAUUGGUAAGAAGAUGAUAACCUCGCUAGGUCUCACCCCCAGUCCCAGCAAACACAAACAACUCAUCACAUCUGACUCUACCUUACCGUUAUAUGAGCCGGACAAGAUAUCACUGUCUUCCCAAGAUACUAUUUCCAUACACAGUAGUUCUACCAACUGUGAUGAGGAUGAGGAUAAGAUAGCAAUACGGAUCAAGAGGAAGAAGCACCGAUCACGGAAGGAGAAGACCUCUUCAAACGACACCCUGGAUUCCGUAGCAGGAGUAACAAUCGUGGAGGAGGGCCAAGAACCAACGUUCCUACCUACCAACAUUCCACAACAGUAUGAUGUGUCCCCUGUUUUACAACUUAAUGAGAAUGCCGAGAGUGUAGAAGUUACUGAGAUGUCUUGUCACGUGACUGAGGAGAGUGACGCGCAGCCACAGGAGAUCGGCCUGGACGUGAGCUCGAUACUAAUUGGACUUGCUAACCUAGAGGAGGGUAUACUGAGACUAGACGAUCUGGGACUGCCUGUGUACGAGUUUGAUGACCCCUACUCUGACGGGGAAGAAGAUGUUGAUAGUGAUGAAGAGAUCGGGGAUACCAACGAUCAAGAUGACAAAUCCUCAGUUCGUACCUCCUCCUCAACAAUCCUAGACGGGGAUCUAUCUUCCAAUAUCUCGGAUAAUAUCUCCACAUCUGAACAUAGUCAGCAGAGAUUUGAUACCCAGCAUAAGGGUGUCGAUCAUAAGAUCUCCUCCUCAGAUAGAAGGAAGCACCAACAGAGUUACGACGGAGAUACCAGCGAUAUCUACUCGACCCGUUCAGCUUCAGAGUCAACUGCUGAUUUAUACGAUCUAGAAAGAAGACCCUCAGUAGAGUUCGGUGAAGACCCCCUGACAACCGAGGCUGCCGCCUCCCCACCCCCGCACCAACUCACUGUACCCUCACCCCUCUUACUGGGGGAGAAGAGUGGUGGUAGAGAGGAUAGUGUGUUUUUAACUGAUGAUAGUUGGCUUGAACUCAGAGGUCCGACCAUGUCGCGUAUGUACGUGACUAUAUCCUGCCUGGCAGUUUCCAACGUGUCAGUAUGGUGUACCGAUAACUGGGGGAACGUGUACUACUCCCCCAACACUAGGGGCAACCCCCUCUCCUGGGACCGCGUCUCUGGAGCCAAACUAGUGUCGCUGAGUGUGUCGGAUUCGGGGAAUGUGGUGUGGGGUGUUACUACUAACAAGCGGGCUGUUGUUAGGUUUGGAAUAGAAUACGGCCAGCCCCAAGGAACCGAUUGGAGCGAAAUGAUGUUAGAAGCGCUGACUGUAGCUGUGGAUGAGACAAGUGUUUGGUUGCUGGUGGCUAAGGGGAAACAACGUCUCUUUUACCGGUCGGGGGUGUCUUUUGAGGAUCCUCAGGGUGAGAAGUGGGUUCCAGUAUCCACUCAGAACCUCAACAUCACCUCCCUCUCCGUAAACAGCAGUGUGGUCUGGGGUGUGCUGGACUCGGGUAAACUGGUGAUAAGACACGGCAUCACUCCUGCUCAGCCCCUGGGCAAUUCCUGGCACGUGCUCAGUGUUAACAACGUUAAGAGGUGCCACGUGGGGAGGAGCUGGGAGGUGGGUUGGGUAGUGGACAGUGCUGGAAUAGUCCACUUUCAGUGCGGAGUGGUUCCCUCUAAACCUCGUGGUAGUAACCUCUGGUGGCAAGUCAGUGUAAGCGAACAGCUGGGAAGUAACUUUGUCACACAUACAGUCGGACUCUUUUCAAUGAGGAGACGAACUCUUGAUGUCAAACAGGUGUGCACCUCAGCAGAAGGUGGUGUCUGGCUCCUCAGCAACUACAACACACUACACCGACGCUACGGCAUCAUAACCGGCCACAACUGGGCCAACAUAUCCCGGACAUUGAUCAGCGGGAGACGGGAACAGUGGCAAACACUAGCGGGGGAAGGAGCGUAUCCGGACAUUUCCGGUCCUGUUUGGGGGCUGACUAUGGCGGGGGAUAUAGUGUGUUUCACUAGGUCUUCACCACCUCGUCCACUGGAACCACCCUGUUCCCAGGGUAGGGUAGUACAUAUAGCCGCUACCACUAACGUGUUAUGGGCUGUAGAUCAGAGCGGUCAGAUCCACGUUAGAGAGGGACUAGCUCGAGAUGACGUGCUUGGAACACACUGGCAAACUCUAAACAUGACCCAACUAAUGGGGGUGCUCCUUCAUAAACUCAGUUGUUCAGAUAGAGGGGUUUGGGCGGUUGACACAACCGGCACGCCCUGGUUUAGAACUGGUUGUUACGCCGGAAAAGACAUCGUACAAGCUUGGGUGAGAGUAGAAUCAAACUCUUUAAAGUUUCGAGAAGUCUCCUCAGCAGGUUCCCUAGUCUGGGGUGUGGAUGGGAGGAACAGUGUGUAUGUCAGAACUGGUGUUUCAUAUUCACUACCAGUAGGAUCAGACUGGGAACAAGUGCCUGGACUGCAGUGUUUGCACGUGCGCGCGGCUCACGAGGGCGUGGUGGCUUUAUCCACUUCCCAGCACCUUGUAUACCGUUACGGGGCUUGCCCCACCCUCCCCGCGGGUAACUACUGGAGAAAGGUACCAGGUCCACCACCAGACGGCUCUGUGUCUCUUAUCACUACCUUGAAGGGUGGGGGAGUCUGGUGUCAAAGCGGAAGGUCUAAUCUCCUGUAUAGGAGGAGAGUCAGGACUGUUCCAGAUAAAGGGCAUGUUAAUCAGGUGGGGUCUAGUCCUGCUGAAGAGGGCUGGGAGGUUGUGUGACCUGCUCA